AAGGAACCACCCCAGCGGCAACUACGAGUACUCGUGCUUCUACCAGAGAACACCCCGACACAAACGACACACCCGAUCGCACCACACAACACAACACAGCACAGCACAGCACAACACAACACCAUGAACCCCCGAAGAAACAGAAGAAGCCGCGCCGGCAACAAGACCAACCUGGACGAUCUCGACGGGGCCCUCACCAGCAUGAUCGGGUCCCACAACGAGGUCAAGCUCACCACCGACCCCUCGCAGGAAACCCGCUUCACGAUGCACGAGUCCAACCACCGCAACGACKCGAGCCGGGGCGUCUUUGCUUCCUCCCUGCGGAAGGACCAGYCCAUCGACCUCAGCGGGUCCUCCUUUACCCACACGUCCGACUWUGAGAAGCACCAGGUGAACUACUCGGCCACCAAGUACAUCAAGCCGUGACGAACGGGGACCAAGUCCCAGGUGCUCCCUCCCCAGACCGGCCACAAGCAGAACUCGGGGAAGGGGGGGAAGAACUCCCUGUACUGCAGCAGCACCAAGUCGGCCGCGCUGUAGGCGUGCCCGGUUCGUUCGCCGGUUGCUCCCGGGACUAGAACGCUCCGACCGCUGCUGCUAGGCCUUGGUUCGUUCGAGCCCGGUGAGGCCCGUUCCUGGUGCCGUGCCGGGUGGAGCGACCGUCUUUUGCGUUGGCAUGCAAGCAACCAACACCAAAAAGGACACGAACAAAAAGAACAACAAUCACCACCAAUGCACCGCGGCUAUGCGAUGCGAGGCGAUGCGGCAAUCGUUGUCGACACGAACGCUCGCAAGCCGUGGCUCGUGCCGAAACGGUAAACAGAGAAGGGCAAAAAGUCCGGCGUGGUUUCUUGGAAUGACGCUCCWCGUGCUUCGCUUCCGUUCGAUGGAUUCGAACGGAGGGACACGAGCCGCCGAAAAAGUAGGAACCGCGCCCGGCCGCAAACCAAACGCUCCUUCUCCGUUUGCGUUGCGGUUGUCGAUCGCAAAUCUCUGAAACCGAGGCGCCGGGAAACCCACCGAUCCUUUCUUUCGCUGGAAUGACGCGGUUCGUUUGAUGUUCCGCCGGGGGAGACGCCCUUGGGUGUCUUGUCCGAGACGGACCAAACGAACCCGCCGAGAACAACGGAGGGAGACGACGGUUGGAUCGGGCCUCGGUCUCGCACCUGUUAAACAAAUAGAAAAUACAUUUAAAA